CGGUUGUAAGCGAAAGGGAGGGGGAACCCGAAUGCAAGCCAUCGGUGUAACACAAGAGGAGACAAUUGAGUUUGAGAUAGCUUCAAAAAGGGAAUAUAUCAGACGUAAAACCAACAUUAUCAAAAUAACUUUGUUACACAAAAAACACAGGACUUUGUGCAGUUGUUGACUGUCCUCUAGCUUUCAUUACUACAGGCAAUUUAGCCUUGUUUAUAUUGUAAGGGAGGCCCAAUCUGCUGCGGGAAGCGGACGCCUUCGGAGUGUUGUUGAGUGGUUCGGUCUUUUCGCGCACCUAAGAAUAUGAAACAGAUGCCACAAUGACAUCGAGAUUUGGUAAAACCUACAGCCGUAAGGGCGGUGAUGGAUCAUCAUCAUCCAAGUUUGAUGAGGUCCUGUCCAACAAGAGAGCAACGCUCAGCACCAAAUGGGGCGAGACGACAUACAAGGCCAAGGUGAGCUCCAAGCGCCCGGGCCAUUGGAGUGAGGUGGCAGAGCAGCCCAAGAGGCCCAAACUCUCAGAUGAGAUGUCUGAGGACCCCUUUGGCUUUGACAGCGAUGAUGAGUCCAAGACGGUCACCUCUCGCUUCCCACACGCCAAGGCCUCCCCUGCCAAGCCGGAAUCAGCAGAGCCGUCUCAGGCAGGGAGGCCAGGCUUCUGCCUGGAGUCCAGGAGCAGCCAGCAGAGCAGCCUUGUUCCCAGUAAAGCUACCUCUAGCAUGGGUAGUGACAGAAGCCAAUUGAGGGUCACAGAGGACACAGCCAGGUUCUUCAACACCACCACCACAACAGCCAAGCCAAGCCAACCCUGCUGGUCCAGUGAGGGUGCGACUGUGGAAAAACACAGCUAUUCAUGGUACUGCAACGCCUCGGAAAGUGACAAGAAGCCUAUUGCGCAGACCACCACCCUAAAGAGCGAGGCCAAGGACUCUUACGACAACUGGGACGCAGUGAUGGGUCUGAGGCCCACCUCCCCCACCCCAGAGCCCCCCAGAAGCCCCCCUUCGUCAAUGUGGAGUGGUGAGUGGGGCUAUGGUCUCAGUCUGGCCAGGCAGGACAAGACCUCCACAGAGCCCACUCCCAGUGACGUUGUGGGCCUGGGGGACUUCGAGAUCCCGAUCGAGCCCUCUGAGUCCCAGGACUACUCCCAGUCUCUGCUCAGGGUCAGCACCCACUGCCGGACAUACCGCCGGCCCAACAAAGGCAAGCAGGCUGGGGAGUCUGACAGUACCAGUAGUACUAGCACCAGUACAGCCUUCAGUAGUGGGCCCGGAUCUGGCCCUCUCGAGACCAACAAUACAGAGAACAGCAGCAAGCCGGCGGGCCGCGGGCGGACGAGAGACUUCACAGUGCUUCACCCGUCCUGCUUGUCGGUGUUUAACGUCACCAUUCAGGACAGGGUCAUGGAGGAAUACACCCCCGCUGCCGCCGUGGCUGCCCCCCUGACAGACCAGGGAGAGACUGGCCGCCUGAGGAAGAAGACCGAACCAGCACCAGCUAAACCCACCAGGUUCAGACCCACACAGAGCAAGACCAAGAAAGACACCAAGUUGGACUUCUUUGGCUUUGAGGAAAACGAAGCGGGCCGUGGUGCCUCCCAGGAGGAAGCCAGUGCCGACCCUGUGGCAUCCGGCAGCUCCAACUACAAGAUCAAGUAUUUUGGCUUUGACGAUAUGAGCGGUAGCGACAGCGACGAAGACGAGGGCUCCCAGGCCAAAGAGAGGAGGAAGGCUAAGAGGGCUGCCGCGGCUGCAGCCACAGCUUAUGCUGCCUCCGCUGCUGCCAUGGAGAUGAGGGUGGACAGCCCCCUGUCCGCCAGCGAGGAGCUGGACAGUCGGACCAGCAGCCACUCAGAUGUGAUGGACUUCCCAGAGGACAACUCUGCCUCUGUGGGCCUAGAGAUGCCCAGGAGACCUCAGGCAAAACAGGUGGAGAAAUCCAAGGAGACCAAUAGGAAGAUCUUCAGUGGCCCCAAAAAGUCUCCCACUAAAGCUGUGUACAAUGCCAGACACUGGAACAGAGAGCCAGAGGAGCUGCCCCCGCCACCUUUACUCCGUUCAACCACUGCACCCGCUAGCCAGUCAAGCGGGGGCAGCAAGGACUCUAACUCUCACAAAGACGAUGGCCUGUUCAAGGCGCCGCCAUGCCCGCCUCCCAAAGUCAUCAAGUCUGUGUCGUUUCCCACUGAGCCCUACCAGGACAUCGUCACUGCACUGAAAUGUAGGAAAGAGCACAAGGAGCUAUACACGGUAGUCCAGCAUGUCAAGCACUUCAACGACGUGGUGGAGUUUGGAGAGAACCAGGAGUUCACCGACGACUUCGAGUACCUGGCCACCGGCCUGAAGAGUGGCCAGCCCCUCAACACACGCUGCCUUAGUGUCAUUAGCCUGGCCACCAGGUGUGCCAUGCCCAGCUUCAGGAUGCAUCUGAGGGCCAGGGGGAAGGUGGCCCAGGUCUUCAAGACACUCAACGACGCCCCACAGCACCCGAACCUGUCCCUGUGCACAGCUAGUUUGAUGUACAUACUGAGCCGAGACAGACUCAACAUGGACCUGGACCGGGCCAGUCUAGACCUGAUGAUCCGCCUGCUGGAGCUGGAUGGGGACCACUCAGUGGCCAAGGACGACCAGCUCACCACCAAGGAGAUGUCAAAGGUCAAGGAGAAGAUCCGCAAGCUGUGCGACACGGUGCACAACAAGCACCUGGACCUGGAGAACAUCACGACGGGGCAUUUAGCCAUGGAGACCUUGUUAUCGCUGACCUCCAAGCGGGCCGGGGACUGGUUUAAAGAGGAGCUAAGGCUUCUGGGAGGCCUGGACCACAUAGUGGAUAAAGUAAAAGAAUGUGUGGAGAACCUGCGCCAAGAGGAUGAUGAGGAGAAGCUGAUGGCGUCACUGUGGGGAGCUGAGAGGUGUCUACGGGUGUUGGAGAGCGUAACUGUUCACAACCCAGAGAACCAGGGCUACCUGAUCGCUUAUAAGGACUCCCAGCUUAUCUGCUCUUCAGCCAAGGCUCUGUGGCACUGUGAGGAGAUGAUCCAGCGCUAUAGCCGGGAGAUGGGAGUGAACAGCGCCUUGUGUUUGGCGGGCACCGCCCUGCCCUACGCCAGCCACAGCAAUGUGGGCAAAGCCGUGGAGGACUGCAUGAGGGCCAUCAUCGGCGUGCUGCUAAACCUCACCCAUGACAAUGAAUGGGGAAGCACGAAGACAGGCGAGCAGGAGGACAUGAUGAUGACAUCGUUGAACUGUGUGCUCCGGGUCCCACAGUACCUUCCUCAGGAGAGGAGGUUCGACAUCCGAGUACUGGGGCUGGGCCUGCUGAUCAACCUGGUGGAGUACAGUGCCAGGAACCGCUACUGCCUGGUGGAGAUGGCGAUGGAUGGAGGAGCUCCCUUCAACUCUGUCCUGGUGGCUGACAAAGAGGAGCUCAAGACAGAAGGAUCGCUCACUGCCAUCGCUGCCCUGGUGCAGCUCUUCCUCCAGCGGGAGCAAGCGGCCAUAGCGGCUGAGGCGGAGACGGAUGACUUCAUCAAUGAUGUGCCCAAGCCCAAGCUGGACCAGAGCGGCGAGUGGCAGGAGUCUGGUGGCGAGAUCCAAUGGGUGGCCUCAGAGAACAACAACGCCAAUGCCGUCAGCGAGAAAGAGAAGGCCAAGAAAGAGGAAGAGAACGAGGAGAUAGACCUUACCAAAGCUCUUCAGCAUGCUGGGAAGCACAUGGAGGACAGCAUAGUGGCCUCCUACACAGCACUGCUACUGGGCUGUCUCUGUCAGGGGAGUCCGAUGAAUGUGACUACUGUGAGGGAAAGCCUGCCCAAAGGAGAUUUCUCAAUAAUGACAGAAAUGCUCAAGAAGUUCCUCAAUUUCAUGAAUCUUACAUGUGAUGUGGGCACCGCAGGGCAGAAGUCCAUCUCUCGGGUCAUUGACUAUCUAGAGCACUGUUAGAGAGGCCUGGCUCUGCAGAAAGGGCCCACACUGGUCACACUGGGGACUUACUGCUCGCCUCACACAGAGACCAGGACAGUUGGGUGGACCCUACCCCAGAGACCACCCACACAGCCUGCUAAUAACGACCACCCAUCAUCAUCAUUGUCAUCCCCACGUUCACUAUACAAACUGUGAUGGUCUCCCCUCACACACGUGAGGCCUGAAGCACUGUUUCAGCAUUCCACCUCUCCUAUUAUUAUGACGUCUGCGUGGAAUAACCAGAGAAGUAAAUAAAUAAAAACUCCCGUUAAAUUCUUGACUUUGUUCUCAACGUUGGGUUUUUAUGUUCCCUCGUGAAAAUAUAAUUUAUGAUUGACUCAUUGAUAUUCAUUCAAUAUGAUUUUUUUUCUUUAAUUGAUUUCCCCACUUGUGCUAUUCAGGUUGUACAUUUAUAUAAAAACUCAUUGUAUUCCAAAUCAAUAUUUCCCCUCCUUAUUUCAGCUAUCUGCCUGGACAUGUUUUUGUGGAAGGGCCAGACUGUGACAUAAUUUCCUCCUUUGUUUUGGGUUUUGUUUUCUGUCUGCUGUAAAAGAUGGCUCUUUCCCUGCCUUCUUCUUCUGUUAACUUUCAAUUGUCAUCGAAGUGCCUGAAUUCCCCCCUCUGAAUCCAUAGAAAGAGUUGGGCAGUGACCCACAGAACUGGAAUAGGAGCCAGAGCUCUCAGCCUUCUUUGAAAUGCUGAAAGCCUCCAGAGCCCCAUUGACCCGCUGCACUGAUGCCAUUGUAUUGCUUUCACGACUGUUCUUUUUUGUGUUCUAAAAACCUCUUUUUGUAGUUGAGUGGGGGGUGUCGAACCCACCAGGCACAGACGUUAACGCAUAUCUGUUACAUUUGGUUGAGUUAUUAACUAAUGUGAAAUCAAAAAGAUUUCACUAGGUCGUUAGAUUUAGGUUCAAAGUUGGGUGAACAAUAGAUUAAAUACGUUGAUGAGUUUUUGCAAAUCCAAUCAGUUUUCCACGUUGAUUCAUCAUCAUCACAUACAUUUUGUUGUUGUUGAAAUGAUGUGGCAACGACGUUUAUUCAACCAGUGUUUUGUCCAGUUCGAAUAGAUUUGAGUUCUCUUUCAAAGUGCACAAAGAGGUGAGGGUGAGACAGAAUUGUUAGUUUGGUCAGUCCCUCACCUCUCGGUCUGUCCAAGUCAAUAUUAUCAGAGAUUCUAGCUCUUCAAGGACAGACCUGAAAUGGUCUCCAUCUGUAGUGUUCACUAACGUACGAGAACUACAUAAUUGAGCUUAUUCUUAACCCCAUCAUUAUUAGUUAUGGCCAACAGGAAAGUAUGGAUGUUUGUGCCUUUGAAUUUGGACGGGAGAGCCUCUUAGUCUGAAUGACCACAGUGCUUCACCUACCAAUUGAAGGCUGUAGAACACUUCACAAAUUGUUGGUUUCCAAUCUCGCCAGCAACACUUCUAUCUUUGAAUAAAUAAAAAAACAGUCCCCUUUUCUCUGCAAUGUUUCAAUUGCUUUAUUGAGGUUUUCUCAGUUAAUUUCAACAUAAUAAAUCAACAGGACUGGAAGCCUACCAUAUUUGUAGCAUUUCAAACUUUUUAAAUUAAGCACUAGAACUGAUAAGAUGACUAUUCAUGAACCAAGCCUCUAGUGGUUGCUGUACCCUUACUCCAUCAUAACCGGUGCUCUCAGUUUUGUUAAUUUCAGGCUAGAUUAGGACUGCUAUCGGCUUUAGAACAGUGUCAGCUACUGCAUUGGUCAUAUGCUGUUUCCCAUAGAUUUCUCCCAUAAAACUAAUCAUUUUAUCCUACCUUGGAUGUUGUGGUUGUUGAGGCUAAGAUUUACAUUUUCUAAAAUUGCAUUUAUUCUCAUUUGGUGUGUAUUUCCGUGUCGUUUUGUUUCUCAUGGCUGUGCUAAGACACACACCCUCAUCAGUACUUUCUAAGCUAUUUCAACACUUCUAAAGUUUACAAGAGCUUUAUUCACAAAUCUGGAAAUGAAUGGAAUAAUGUAAAUACAUUUGUAAAUAUUGCCUAUUGGAAAUUAGAAACUGUAGACUACUUUUCUGAAUCCAAUCCUAUUUUUAUUUUAUACAGCAUUUCUCAGUUAUUUGAAAGUCAGAUUAAAAAGGUAUACAAAGCCAAAUGCAGGAACAUGAUCUUUGUACCAAUUUCAAGAAUGUCUUUGGUUACCUGUAUAUAAUUUUAACUAGAAUAAAAAUUGCUACUUUCAGUA